AUGGUGAGCAGCAGCAGCGAUAUCGAGUUGAUCGAAGCCCAGGGUCGCAUCUGGGGCUACGCCUACACCUACAUUAUCAACAAGUGUUUGAAAUGUGCGAUCCAGCUCGGCAUCCCUGACGUCAUCCACCGUCACUCCCCGGGACCCACCUCCCUCCCCGCCCUGCUCGCCGCCCUCCAACUCCACCCAUCCAAGCACGACGCCGUCCGCCGCCUCCUCCGCCUCCUCGUCCACGCCGGCUUCUUCAAACUCGAACAAGAAGAAAAAGAGUGUAAUUACUCUCUCACCCCUGCCUCCGAGCUCCUCCUCCUCUUCCCCGACAAACAACCGCCGGCCCAUCUGUUCCUCGGGCUCGACAGCGGCGACGACGCAUUCGGUGUCUGGAGCUCUCUGAGCACGUGGUUCCGGCGCAGCGACGGGGCGGCGGCGGCGGAGGCCAUCCUGGGCAUGUCGUUUUGGGACGCCAUGGCGAGGGAACGGUGGGCGAUGCCGCAGUUUUACGACGCCAUGACCGGGGACUCCAAGUUGGUGGCGAGAGUGAUGGUUUCCGACUACUGCAGAGACGUUUUCCGAGGAGUGGGGUCGCUGGUUGAUGUCGGCGGCGGCACCGGGAUCAUGUCCGCCGCCAUUGCCGGGGCUUACCCGAACAUCAGCUGCACCGUGUUUGAUCUGCCCGAGGUUGUUGCCGACUCCCGGGAGGCUCGAGCUAUCGGUCUUCCCAACUUGGAAUUUGUUGGAGGGACGAUGUUCGAGAAAAUUCCACAUGGGGACGCAAUUCUCCUCAAGUGGGUCCUUCACAACUGGGACGACGAGAACUGUGUGAAGAUUUUGAAGAACUGCAGAGAGGCAGUGUCGUCGAGCGAUAAGAACAAUAGAGGAAAGGUGAUAUUGAUAGACAUGGUGGUCGAGAUUAAUCAAAUUGUUGCCAACGACAAAGACUUUUCCCAAGUACAGCUCUGCUCCGAUUUGCUGAUGAUGUGCCUGGUCAACGGCAAAGAACGAACUGAAGCUGAAUUCAACAAUCUGUUCAUCACUGCUGGGUUUAGUGGCUACAAAAUCGUACGUGCACUUGGCCCAAGAUCGAUUAUCGAAGUCUAUCCAUGA